AUGGCUGAGAAGGAUGCAGAUCAUGAAGCAAACGCAUACCACCAGUCCGAGGAGCGCAAACGCCAGAAGAAAAUCAAAAGGUUGAAAUAUUUUGGUAUUUUCAUUGUGUUUCAAGUCAUAGUCAUCACCAUAUUCUCACUCACUGUGAUGAAAGCCAAGACUCCAAAACUCAAGUUGGCAAGCAACGCCUAUAUCCAAACACUCACCUAUUCCCCGGCAACACCUUCGUUCGACAUGAGCUUCGUAACACAAGUCAGAGUGCGAAACCCAAACUGGGGUCCUUUUAAGUUUCGUGACGGCACCAUCGUGUUUACAUACCAAGGUGUGGUUGUUGGGCAAGUUUAUAUUCCAAAUGGCAAAGUCGGAUUGCGAUCCACCAAAAAAAUCACUGUGCUUGUGAAUGUGAAUUCCAAUGCGUUGCCAGGCAAGUCUGCUCUUGGAAAUGAGCUCAGCAAUGGCUUGCUGUUGCUGACCAGCACAGCCGAGUUGAAGGGAAAGGUUGAGUUGAUGCUGAUCAUGAAGACAAAGAAGACAGCUGAAUUGAGCUGCUCUAUGGUGUUCAAUUUGGUAGCAAGGACUCUCCAGAAUUUGGAUUGUAACUGA